AUGACGCCCCCUGCUCGUGGACGGGGUACCAGCCAGCGGAGCCCGACCGUCCUGGUCACAGAUUCCCGCGAUCAGCAACCUGCCUCGACCCCCCGUCGUCGCCGAUCCCCCGCGACUCGUUUCAUCACCGUCGACAACGUGCUCCAGUAUGCCUCCGACGUGCCAUCCAUGCAGCAGCGCCAUCCGCCACCGAGCUCGCGCUCGCGACGGCUUGCCUCUGCCUCGGCGCUGAUCAGUGCCGCGUCUCCCCCUCGUACCACCAAGGUCAGUGAAAAGCUCGUGCUUCUGCCGGAUACUGGCGGCGUAGGAGAACCAGAUGCUGGCGAGGACGAAGACGAUACCCAGGACGAUGGCGAUCUCGUGGAUGAGGAGCUGGUGCAGCGGGUGGCACGGGAGAAGCACAUCGACCCGGAGGCGGUGCGGCAGCAAUUGCUGGCGCAGAAGCGGCUCGGUGGAGACUUUGGUAUCGAUAAUAAUGUUGCGCCGCUGUUGGCAGAUGAAGAGCUGCUGCGGAAGCGGCGGGUUGGCCCGGAGCGCGCGAAGAGCUAUGCAGAGCGGUUGCCGAAGGCGCGACGCACGGAGAAGCUCGCGCGAGUGACGGCGUACUGCACGGCGCAGGCGUAUAAGAUGGGGUCCGUGGCCGCGUUUGUGAAGGAGACACAUGGGGCUCGGACAAAGUUGUAUGAUGAUUGUCUUUACACGGCGUAUCACUUACCUCUUUUGCCGGGCCAUGAGGGAUAUCGCCUGCGGAGUAGCCCGGUCCUAAAAUUCCCCGGCGGAAAGUCUCUGCUUGAUGAAGAGAUUGAGCGGAAUGAACAGCGUGAUCACCACGAUGACUACAUAGGCGAGGUAGAGGAACAUUCUGUCGUCGGGCAUAAUCGACACGAGGACGAGCAUCACCGGGACGCAUCACCAAGGGACUCGGACGAGCAUGGCUCCAGAGAGGAACGCCACGACGGAUAUCUGACCCAUAUAUCCGAGGAGGAGAGCCGCAUUCGGGAUGACGAUACGUCUGGAUCAAUGAAUAAUGGCUCCAGGGACAAUCUUGCUCAGACAGGGUCUGGGGAGACCCAGGAUACUCCCGAGCCUGCUCCUCGCAGGCGACGACACAGUUCCGACGACAGCCAUGCUUUAAUGCGGGAUCGCCCGUCUCCGCCCCUAUCCACGCCGUCAUCUUCAAAGCCUCAAGCCCCAGCUCGGACUCUCUACAAUGUCGCCGAGAUGUUUGUUUUCAGCUACGGUGUCGUCGUCUUUUGGAAUUUCACCGAGCGCCAGGAGAAGGACCUGUUGGCAGAUCUAGCAUUUGCUACUUCAUCACUAACUGGCACUCCUAUCCCACUGACGACUAUGCCCCUUCACGAAGAGGAUUUUGAAACUGAAGAGUUUCAUUUCGAAUACUCCACUGAGAUUUCUCGUCCUCGUGUCUUUAAUGAUAUGAUCACACUGCGUAGCGGUGACCAUAUGAUUAAACUGGCUAUCAGUCAUGGCAUUUCUCAGAGUACCAAGCUGUGUUUCUUUGAGGAGGUCAUGGCUCGCCAGAUGGCAGACGCGAAGGAUGUACCCCGACGACUUGCCAUGACUGGAAAGUUGGGCAUGAAGCGCGAGGAGGUCUUCCGAAUUCUGGGUCGUCUUUUCAAGAGCCGCGUAGAGGUCAACCUUUCAUCCAAUAUGCUCGAUGUCCCAAACUUCUUCUGGGAGAGCGAACCAACCCUCUACCCUCUUUACAUCGCCGUGCGCGAGUAUCUCGAGAUCAAGCCCCGCAUCCAGGUUCUCAACGAGCGAUGUCGCGUCUUCUUAGAUCUUGCUGAAAUCCUGUCUGAUUCAAUUGCGGAUAAUCGCACUUCUCAUCAAACCUGGAUCAUCAUCGUCCUCAUUGUCAUCUCCAUUCUCGUCACCAUCUCUGAGGUUUUCCUUCGCUUUGGUCUUCUUCACGCCCGCGAAGGCGCCGCUUCCAGUCCCGUCUCCAUUCUUGCUCGCGCCAUGGGCCGCGCCUCCCCCUCAGCCCUCUCGUACUCCCCAGUUAACACACCGCCAGGCUGUAUCUGUCCCUCCGUGCCCCCAGCCGGCGGGCCAGAUAUGAGCGUGAGUGGUAUCAUGGGGCUGGGCCUCUGA